UUGGUUGCUUUGGGUGUGGUGUCAUGUGAGUAACCUUCUGAGUGUAGGGCUUCCUUCCUCAUCGCUUCUAUAGAGUAGAACACAUCUGCAUUACCAGCACACACGGGGGAUGGCUGUCCACACACCGCAUCACUACCAACAGCAUCUCUGCACCAGUGGGUUGUGAGACAGCAGAGCUCCAGUGGAGAGAGUGUGUUAGUCUGAGCCCACGUCAGUUCUACACUCACCCAAGUCCUGCCUUGUCCAGCCCAACCCAGCCAUUUUCUGACUUGCCAAGCCCUUUCCAACGCAGCUAUGGAUGCCCUGUCCUCCCUGAGCUCCUCAACCUCCUGCUCUCAUCUGUACCUCUGGGCCAGCAACACCACCAACAGCAGCGCUAUUAACAUUGAUGUGAUCCUGGAGCACUACAACCACACAGGGCGCCUGCAGCACCGCGUGCCCCGCCAGGGUGGCCUGAGCUUGGCAGCGGCCCUCUCUCUCUUCAUCAGCGUCCUCAUCAUCCUGGAGAACCUGCUGGUCCUGGUGGCCGUGCUCUCCCGGAUACUCCACAGCCGCCGCUGGGUCUACGUGUGCAUCGCCAACAUCACCCUGAGCGACCUGCUGGCCGGGGCGGCCUACGUGGUCAACAUCUGGAUGUCGGGCAGCCAGACGUUCAGACUGAGCCCGGCUCUGUGGCUGUUCAGGGAGGGGGUACUGUUCGUUGCCCUCGCCGCCUCCAUCUUCAGCCUGCUGCUGAUAGCUGUGGAGCGCUACACCACCAUGAUGAAGCCGCUGCACCAGAAGUCGGCCAGGAAGACGUAUCGUAUCUACGGCCUGGUGGCGUUGUGCUGGAUCGUGGCCUUCGCCAUCGGCUUCCUCCCCCUGCUGGGCUGGAACUGCGUGUGCAGCCUGGAGAGCUGCUCCACCCUGCUGCCGCUCUACUCCAAGAGCUACAUCCUCUUCUCCCUGCUCAUCUUCUCCCUCAUCCUGCUGGCCAUCGGCGUGCUCUAUGGCGCCAUCUACUGCCACGUGCGCAGCAGCUCCAAGGUGGGCUCCCAGCGCAGCCGCAAGCGCUCCCUGGGGCUGCUGAAGACAGUCAUCUCCAUUGUGGGUGUGUUCAUCAUAUGCUGGGGGCCUCUGUUCAUCCUGCUGCUGGUGGACUUCUUCUGUGUGUCGCGGCAGUGCGCACCGCUCUUCAGCGCCGACUGGGUCAUCGCCCUGGCCGUGAUCAACUCGGCCCUGAACCCAGUCAUCUACACCCUGGGCAGCACAGAGCUGAGGAAGGCCAUCGCAGGCCUGUUGUGCUGCUGCUGCCUCAGGGCAGGCCUCUGUCACCCUGACACCUUUGUGUCCAAGGAGACCAGCAGCACUGGGAGCAUCAGGCACAGCAGCCUGAGGAACAGUUUCAAUAAGAUCAGGAGUCUCAGUGUCAGCCCCCCGCCUGCACCCAAGGCCCCCAAGAAGAGCCGCCGCCUGAGUUCCACCACCACCUGCCUGUCUGUGUCGAGCGGUUAGACCACAACGGGCUGCCUGGGGCAGGCGUAGCUGUGUGUGUGUUUGAGAGAGCGUGUGUCAGUGGAGGCUCCUCAGAGGAGGAAGGGGAGGACCGUCCUACUCAGGGAGUUUCAUAAAAGAAAAAAUAUUAAAAAUACAAAUAUUAAUUAUUAAUUUGUAGCAAAUUGCAAUUAAAGCCAGACUAAGUCAAUGGCACAGAUGGAACUAUCCAAGUAGAAGAUCUCCAUCAAAAAUUGAAGUUAGGCCUCCCAGGUCUAAGGCACUGCAUCGCAGUGCUAGCUGUGCCACCAGAGACUCUGGGUUCGAGCACAGGCUCUGCCGCGACCGGGAGGCUCAUGGGGCGACGCACAAUUGUCCUAACGUCGUCCGGGUUAGGGAGGGUUUGGCCGGCAGGGAUAUCCUUGUCUCAUCGCGCACUAGUGACUCCUGUGGCGGGCCGGGCGCAGUGCACGCUGACCAGGUCGCCAGGUGUACGGUGUUUCCUCCGACACAUUGGUGCGGCUGGCUUCCGGGUUUGAUGUGCAUUGUGUCCAGAAGCAGUGCGGCUUGGUUGGGUUGUGGUUCGGAGGACGGAUGGCUCUUGGCCUUCGCCUCCCCCGAAUCCGUACAGGAGUUGCAGCGAUGAGACAACUACUACCAAUUGGGGAGAAAAAGGGGGUCAAAAAAUAAAUAAAUAUAAUAAAACAUUCUUUUUUUUAAAUCAAAGUUAAAGAAUAUGACUAAAUCUAAUCAAACUUUAAAUGCAAUUUAAAUAAAGUUGCAAAUGCUAUAUAGGCCUAAAUAGUAUAAUUGAUGAUAUAUGACUUAUGUGUGGUUACAUUUCAUUUGCUCUGUUAAACCUACCCUUUGGAACUACUUUGAUAGCAACAGUGAAUAUAUUUAGUUAUUGAGAGGUCUCUGAAUAAAUCACUCACGAUAGCGCAUUGGUAGUAGGUAAUAUAAAAACUAAGCUGGGCUUGGUUAAACCCUGUAUUGGAGACCAAAUUAAUAGUUGUAGAUGAACUCUCCAAUAGGAGGUGCUGCCCAGACACGUUUUUUUUUCCUGAUAUUGGACAUUACGUUGGAGAUCUGACGUUGUUUCAAAAAGGUACACAUUCAAUUUACUCUAUUUUAAAGAAGGGUUGUCUGUUGAAAAUUGGUUACCAUGAUGACAUAAUCCUGUGGUUGAAAUUUCACCCUCAAAACAAAUGUUGAUUACUUUUUUUCAAAUCCAAUGUAUUUUCCACAUAACAUAUACAUUGACUAAUUACACUUAGACAAUGUUGAUUCAACCAGUUUGUGCCCAGUGGCUCAAGGUGGGUAUAGGGCAAAUUCUAGUAUCAUGUAGUAGCCUAAACCUAUCUAUGUUACAUUGAGCUGGAUGAAUGGAAUAUGAAAUGACAGUCAUCCAAUACGCUGAAAUAGAAAUAAGGCCAUGCUCAUAAGAAAAAGAUUGUCUUCCCAAAUCUGAAAGGGCACUAACCGCCGCUGGGUGUGUGUGUGUGUGUGUGUGUGUGUGUGUGUGUGUGUGUGUGUGUGUGUGUGUGUGUGUGUGUGUGUUACCACAGAGAAUGCAGUUCCUCCAUUAUCUAGCUCCACCCAAAUGUGGCCUUGAUACAACCAGGUCUAACGUUUUCUCUGUUGUUGGUUUUGUUCAUUUUCUUCAUUUUCAUCAGCCCAGGACCUGCUACACUGAUAAAAGAGCUUCUUUGUGGUUCUCUGUUACUGUAGCAACACCAAUCUGUUUCAUGUUAUGCGUUCCAAAAAAAAAGUUUAAAAGGGAGUUCAAACUCGUUCAAGAUUUAUAAUAAAAGAUGCACUAUGGAAGCUGCUUUUGUUUUACUGUUUCAGCCUUAAAACAGAUACUCUUUAACUGUGAAGAUGGGUUUCAUUGAAAGGGGUGCUUUCUUAUUGUACCACUUAAAUAGAACUGAAUUAAAAACAAAGAAAUAUAUGUAUAUAUAUUUAGAAAAUGCUAUAUUAUUUAUACAUACACUGAGUGGACAAAACAUUAAGGACAUCUGCUCUUUCCAUGACAUAAACUGACCAGGUGAAUCCAAGUGAAAGCUAUGAUCCCUUAUUGAUGUCACUUGUUAAAUCCACUUAAAAUCGGUGUGUAUAUGAAGGGGAGGAGACAGGUUAAAGAAGGAUUUUUAUGCAACUCAAUAUUUGGAAGGUGUCUUUAAUGUUUUGUACAUUGUACAGAAUGGUAGUUGAAUACAUUUUUUCAAUUGGUUAAACAUUUAUUUUGUUCAAUAUUGUUUUUAAGAGUAUACAUUUGUUGAACGCAUUACUAUUGCUGUUAUUCUGAAAGAGGAUUAUAUCUGUUAUUUUGUACAUGGAAAAGUAUAAAUAAAUAUUUUAACAGAA